CAGCUGGAUGAUUCGGUACAAGUACUGAGCGAUUAUAUAAAAAAUGAUCAAAUUGGAACGAUUGGAAAUGCUCAUUUAGCCAUUUCAGACUGCAAUGGAUUAAAUAUAGACGUAUGCAAACAAAUUGCGAGAAAAUUUUCACUGUCUUUGGAUUAUGUAAAAUCUGGAUAUUUUGAACCAUUAAGUUUAGAUGAAAAGCCUAAAAAAUUUCCCGAUUUCAUGGAAAGAGUUGACAAAGAAACUUAUAUUUCUAACAGAGCUCUGGGAGAAUUAUAUAGAAACUGUAAACUUUUUGAACGAAAUACAAGUUCUAUUGAAUUAGAAACUGUAGACUUAAAACAUGAUCCUGAUUUAAUUUAUGAAGGAUGGGAAGAAUAUAAAAACUCUGCUUUAAAAUCCAAGGCGAAAUAUGAUUAUCUUUUACAGUGCAUUAUGCAAAGAUACGGUAUUGAAACCGAAGUGGAAUUAAUAACUGGAGCUUUUCAACAAGUUCAUGAACGAUUUAGUCAAAGACACGAUAUAAUAGACGUAGAAAAAUUUCUAAUUGGUUCAGUUGAAAAAUUGCAUGAACGUUUCAGAGAAGAAUUUUAUAAGGAGUUUGGCCUUAAUGAAAAUGAAGACAACGAUUUUGUAAAUUUAAGUAACUUUCAAGACAAAAUUUUAAAGAAAGCAUCUGCAUGGUAUGCAGUUACCUACUUAUUUCGACCAAAAGACUUUCAAAAUUCUAUACGUUUCUUCAGUUUUCCUUGGAUUGUGGCCAAACAUUUGAUUACUCUAAAGCUACAGAAAUUUUUAAUUAGACCUGCAACAACUUCUAAUACGUCCAUUAUUAACUUUUUAGAUAAACGUUUAGCGGAUAUGGCAAGAAAAUUACCUAAAUCCCAGAGUGAAAUGCUGCUUCUAGCAAACUGUCAUAAAAUUCAUAAAAACAUUAUACAAUUUACAUAUAGAUUGAUAAUCGGGUGGCUAAGUAGUAAAGAACGAAUCGAUUCUGCAAAAGAAGCAUGGUUGGCUAAAUACUUUAAUAAAUUCUUAGACAAAAACUGUUACUACAAUGAAAGAAACGAAGAAGAAAAUAUUAAAACAAUAAACAUUAUUAAUCUUUGCUUCUCAUUUUUGAAGAUGGCAAGAAACGAAUCUUCAUUUCCUGAUAAUUUGCAAUGGAUUCCCUCUUAUGCUAGAGAAACUUAUCAUCUUCUAGCUGCUACUGCAAAUCCAAAGGCAUUUUGUCCCAUUGAAGAUAAAAAGAAACCAAAGGAAUCGGUGGAAAUGGAGCCAAUAAAACUUCUUAUGAAAAUUAUUCCAGGAGAUAAACAUAGAAGGUUACAGACUUUGCGCAAAAUUCUCAGCUGGUUAGCGCCAUUAGAUAAUAUGACUUUAAGAAUUGACGAAAAAAUUAACGUGGUAAUAUCGGCGAAAGGACCAUUUCAAUCGAUAAGCUUCCUUCAAGAAUUACUUACAACGGAUACCGAAACUCUUAAAGCGAAAUUGGAAGGAUGGAACGAAAUUCUUCAUUCGGAAAAAUCCGAACCGAAUGAUGAACUUGAACCAUAAAACUUAUUAUGUCUAUGACUUUA